AUGCGGAGGCGGCCCGCGCGAACCCAGAGCCCAGGGGCGAGGGGCGCGUGCCUCGGCGGGCCCGGCCAGAAGACAAUUAAGUGGGGCAAGAAACCGGCCGGUGCGGAAGGCCGCGCCUUUCGCCGCCGCGGCGCCACGCCCGCGUAUAAAACGGGCGGCCCGCCGCCGCCGCCGCCGCUGACCGCCGCUGCUCCGCCGCCGAGUCAGGACCUGACCGCCACACCGCCAGCCGACAUGGUCCCCGCCACACACGCCGCUCCGCUGUUGCUGUCACUGCUGCUGCUGUGGGGGGCGGCGCGCGCCCAGCACGGCCCCGGCGGCAACCCUGGCGCCGGUCCUGCCCCCGGCCAGGACGCAGCGCGUGCGCCACCGCCACCCGCCAUCCUGCUGCACCGCCAGGCACUCACCACGGACGGCGCCUUCAACUUUGCGUUCCGCGCUGAAAACGGCCUGCAGCAGGGCGAGAGCAUUGCGCCCGACGGCAGCCGCCGCGGGGCCUACUCUUACGUCGACCCUAACGGCCGGACCAUCAGCGUGCGUUACACAGCCGGCAAGGACGGUUUCAAGGUGCUGGAAGGCGAGCCAUCACCUGGUGCUGCUGCAUCACCUCAGCAGUUGCAGGCUCGACCACAGCCUCAGCUGGCAUACCAGCAGCAGCCACAACCACAACUGGCCUAUCAGCCACAGCCACAACUGCGGCCUCAACCACAGCUGGCAUACCAGCCCCAGCCACAGCCACAGGCGCAGCUUGCAUACCGUCAGCCACAGCAGCCAGCAGUCUACCAGACAGCAGCUGCAACACCAAGGCCUCCACCAUCUCCAGCAGCUUACCAACCAGCUGUACGUGCACAACCUCUGCCGUACCCACAGCCUGUGCAGCAUGCACAGCCUCCAUAUCAGGUCCAAGUAACCCCACGUCCAGCACCUCCUGCUCCCCAGGGCAGUUUGGGCCUCUUCCGCUCAACUGCUCCAGCUACAUUUCCACAGCAGCAGCACCAACAACAGGCACCACAACUACAGCAGACACCCAUAGAGGAACCCCAGGAGGAACAGGACAAUGGUCCUCACAGUUUUGGACAGGGAUACUCGUUUGAGUUUCAGGGAUAAGUGAUGGGUUGUUAACAGUCUGACAUUAUAUUGAAGUGCAACAUAUGUGUUCGUGUUCGUGUGUGUGUUUGUGUGUGUGUGUGUGUGUGUGUGUGUGUGUGUCUGUGUUUGUGUGCACACGCGUGCACGAAUUAACAUGUGUGUCUGCAUGUAUAUGUACAUGCAUUUAUCCAUUAAGUGGAAAAAUGGGACAUAAAUUUCAAAAUUGUGUCUAGUUGUUCACCUGGCUGGAAUGGAAAAUACCAUAACUCAUAUUUUAAAUUUUAUGAUGUUAUCCUGUUUAAUUAAAUACCACAUUACUUAUAUAAAUUAUGUUAUCAGUGUUUUAUUCACUGUAAUAUCAGUAUAGUACUGAGAAAUCCAUUCUGCAGCAGCUAUUGCAAUAUUUUUCUUAUCAAAUGACAGAAUACAUCUCUUCAACAUUUUCUAAAUUUGGCUCCAGAAAUAUUUAUAGAAACAAGAUCCUCUAAUAUUUUGGAAGUGACAAACCUUCUGUCUGGAAGGAACAUGUGCAACUAACACCUAGCAGUGAUCCAUUUGCAUACUUCUUAUGCUCACGUACUGAAAAACAAGUUACUCAACAUUCUGAGCCUUAAAAACAAAGUGAAUUUUCUUCUUAGAAUGAUGAGUAAACUAUAUUUAAACAGCAGAUUGACACAUAGACUGUUAGAUUUUAGCUACAGGAUUAAGUCCUUUGGAGGAAAAGAAAGAACACACACACACACACACAAACACACACAGAGCCACUUUCAUCUCUGUUGGCAGUCUACUAUUAAAUGCGCCAUUGUUGAACUCUGCCUCUAUCUCGUGAUUAACAGUCUAUUCUAAAACUCAUACUGUUAUUUAAUCCUGGAUCUUUCAUUGUUGAACCCCAAGUAUUUGCCAUUUUGUAUCAUGAAAUAAAUGUAGACACAAAAUGAUGGCCAGAAAGAGACUUCACUAUCAGCUCAUUGUCAAUCACUCACGGAUCUAUACAAAAUUUGUCCAUUUGAAAGCUAGACAAUUACAGAAUGAAGUUGUUGAUCCCUCUGCUGUGAUCUCACCUACAUGGAGGAGUCAAUCUUUCCCACAGUUGGAUGUAGACUGUCUCUCUUAUUACUUAAUGUCCAAUUCAAAAUAAUUUCAUUCAACUGCCUCAAAUCUUCCAAACUGCUUGUUUAACAGAGAAUUGUGUUUCUGUUGCUCCCAGCCACUCAUUAAGGAGAACCUCCCCUCCUUUAUUAAUUUCUCAUCACUGUUGUAUAUGUCAAUGAGUCAAGCAGUUAAUUCGGAUUUACUGUAUAUGUGAGAAAAAAAGUACUCUAAAUGAAAAUGUUAUUGUGUCACUUAUGCUUUGGUAGACUUAUCAUUUAUUACAUUAUAAGUUAUUGUAUAUUGUAUUUCAUUACAUCAUUGUGUUAACUGAAUGGUACAUUGUAUGGAAAACUCAUAGCCUUGACUUUUAUGCCUAAUGACCAGUGGCUAAGGCAGUUUUAAAAUGAAAGGCAAUUUUACCUUCAGACAAUGUGCAAUAAAUACAUGAGUAAACAUUAAAUGAGAAGCUUAACAACAACAUUAAAUUUUUAACACUUAAGUGCUUGAUUUUCGAAGAUAUUAAGUUAUAUGAUAGCUGUGGAUUUACCAUGUACAAUAAGCAAAGUUAUCUUACUUGAAAUGACAGACAUUGUUUUUUGGGAAGGACUUAUCAAUGUUGAACCUACUUUCAGCCCCUGAUCAGAAUUGUCAAAAACAUGUGAUAACAUUAGUUGCUGUGAGCACAGAUGAGGCAAGAGACAGACAAAGGCUCUUUGGUGCAGCAAAGGACAUUUAUUAGCAAUUUAGAAUUUAUAUUGUUGUUCUUUGGAAAUUUAGUUAGUUAAGAGUUGAGUUUCAACAAAGAGACUUUCUAAAAACUUGUA